CUGGCGACGCCCACCGCGAUCAUCGUCGGCGUGGGCAGAAGCGCGGAGCGCGGCAUCCUGGUCCGGAGCGCGGCCGCCCUGGAAACCGCCCAUCGCGUGGACGUGGUUGUCCUGGACAAAACCGGCACGCUCACCACGGGGCAACCGGAAGUCACGGACGUCGUGUCCGCCCCGGGCGUCCUCCCUGCCGACCUGCUGCGUUGCGCGGCGUCGGUGGAAACGCUGUCGGAGCACCCCAUCGGCCGGGCCGUUCUGCGCCGGGCGCAUGACGAGGAUCUGUCGCUCACGCCGUCCACGGAUUUCGUUGCCCGCGCCGGCGCGGGAGUGACCGCCAUGGUCGCCGAACGCGAGGUGGCGGUCGGCAACGCCGCGCUGAUGGAACAGGUCGGCGCGCCGCCGCCCGACGACCUUGCCGCAGCAGCAACGUCGUUCGCCGAACGUGGCGCCACGCCGAUGUUCGUCGCCCAGGGAGUCACGUCCUCGGCGUCAUCGCCGUCGCCGACGCGGUGA